AUGUUUCCCUGCAGCGCGCUGCCGCCUCCUCUCUACCCGGGCUUACUGCCUCCUCCCGCGGGCUUCUCCUCUCCGCUGAGCCGCUCCCUGCGCUCCGGCUUCCUGGUGGAGGACCUGCUCCGGCUGAGCCAGCCCGUGUCCUACCUGCACCGGGGCCUCUCCUCCAGGGGCCCCGGGGACGUGCUGCAGCUCAGCCCGCGGCCGGGCAGCGAGCCGGGCUCCGGGCAGCAGAGCCGCGGCAGCCCCGGGUCCCUGCAGACCUCCUGCCCGGACUCCGGGUUCCUCAAGUUCGGCGUCAAUGCGAUUCUGGCCCCGUCCACGCGGAGCGUUCAGAGUUUCCAGAAGUCGUUUCCUUUACCUUUCUUUGACGGAGGCUUGCAUCCGUUCAUCAGAGCCACUUAUCUCACAGCCUCCUCCUCUGUGAUCCCCGUCCCGGGAACCUUCUCCUGGCCCCUGGCCCCCCGAGGGAAGCCCAGGAGGGGCAUGCUGCGGCGGGCCGUGUUCUCCGACCUCCAGAGGAAGGCGCUAGAGAGAACCUUCCAGAAACAGAAAUACAUCAGCAAACCAGACCGGAAGAAACUCGCCGGGAAACUGGGCCUCAAGGACUCGCAGGUGAAGAUCUGGUUUCAGAACCGCAGGAUGAAAUGGAGAAACUCGAAGGAGCGGGAGCUGCUGUCGACCGGCGGCUGCCGCCAGCAGACCCUCCCCACCAAGACCAACCCGCACCCCGACCUCACCGACGUGGGCAGCGCCACCUGCUGCCACCGGCUCGACAGAACCACCCCCGACAGCCAGGAGUCACACCUGCACCACCACAGUCGUCGUCAUCAUCAUCUUCAUCAUCACCACAGCCCCUCGUCCCCGUCGGAGUCCAGCAAACAGUCGGAGCUCUCAGAGUCGGACGGUGAAGAAAUCAACGUCUCGUAAAGAUUUUUAUAAAACCCUCCACGAUAAAGAGAAACUGUCUGAGACUGAAGAGAAGAUGAGUGGAGGUCAGAUCCAGAUGAGUGGAGGUCCGAUCCAGAUGAGUGGAGGUCAGAACCAGAAGAGUGGAGGUCCGAUCCAGAUGAGUGGAGGUCCGAUCCAGAUGAGUGGAGGUCCGAUCCAGAUGUGCCUCGUCCACAGCGGUUUCUCCUCGGGCCAUAUUUCUGUACAGUGUUUGUUUCACAUCUAUAUGAACCUCAGUCUAUCUAUAUACAGUAAAGGAGAAACACUGAGCGCUUUUAGAUUUAAUAUUUGUAGAUUUAAAUGUUUAACACUUUCAUGUACAAAUUUUUUC